ACCGAAUGUCUAGGAUAAUAUUCUAUCUGAAUCAACAGAUCAACGUAAACACGCCUACGUGAAUGGAAAAGCCCAGUUCAUGCGGCCUGACGGAGCGCCAAGACUCCGCUGCCCGCGUAGUGAUUGACUGCGGACUGCGGACGGCUGAAUUCCGACGCCCGCUCUACUCCUAUCAUCCCUCGGGUCGUAUCUGCUAUUAAAGGCUCCCAGUCCUGUCUUUUCGCUAAUUAAGUUCUAUACUCCAGGGAGAACUUGAUAACACCCCCGCCCCCCAUUUGCUUCAUUUCACUAAGAUCAAAUCAGGCGAAAGAACAGAUCAUGAAAUACUGUGGCGUUGUCUAUGAUGUUGGCCUGAAGUUUGGGGACCACGGGUUUUCAGUCGAGCCAUUUGACCCCCCUCGGGUAGAAUACGACAUGCGCGUCAUUGCCAACGAGAUACACGCCAACGCGGUGCGAAUCGAGGGAGAGGAGAUCAGUCGACUUGAAACGGCCACACGGGCCGCUCACUCGGUGGGACUGGCGGUGUUUUUCAACCCGUGGAAGAUGGGCGAGGGCGUCGACGAAACGCGUGACUAUCUUAAAGAAGCCGCAAAGACAGCCGAGCGACUAUAUCAAGACGGGGUAAAUCUGAUUUUUGUUGCCGGAUGUGAAUACACGAUAUUUAGCAAAGGAAUCUUCCCGGGAGAAUCGUGGAAUGAGCGUGCAAUGUGGCUUGGUUCUCAUUUGUCGGGCGGCCAUGCGUCGGACGAUGUUCCGCGGGCAUUGCGAGAGAAGUCUGUCGAACUGAAUGAAGUCCUGCGCUCUUUUGCUGGCGUGGUUCGCAAGGAGUUCUCCGGGCUAUUGACGUAUUCCGCUGGUACCUGGGAGCUGGUAGACUGGGACAUCUUCGACAUCGUUGGAAUCGAUUACUAUCGCCGAGGCGAGACUGAGGAGAAGUAUAUUUCAGGUCUCCAGCGCUAUCGGUUCGGAAAGCCCCUGGCUGUUAUGGAAGUCGGGUGCUGUGCAUACGAGGGAGCAGCGGGCCGCGGGGAUGGCGGUUUCAUGCUUCUGAAGGGCACGAAUCCAGAUGGUAGCGGCAUUUUUGAAGGCGACAUUGUCCCAACCCGGAGCGAGCGCGAACAGGCAGACUAUCUGAGCAGACAGCUUGACCUGCUCUCCGGCGCGGACGUCCACGCAGUCUUCGUCUACGUCUUCUCGUUCCCUUGCAUGCCAAAGGGAGAAGGGCCCAGUGACCUUGACAUGAUGUGUUUUUCAUUGGUCAAACAUUUCCCUGAUCAGGAUGGCAAGUCGAGGGCUAUACCUGCGUGGGCGCCGAAGGAAUCCUUUUUCCGAGUUGCUGAGUUCUUUCGAUCCAUCCGGCAGCUUUAG